AUGGUCGCCGUCGCCAAGCCCGGCUCGACCGGCACCAAGGCCGGUGAGCGCUACUCCGACAACAAGCUCAAGCAGGACAUUCGCACGUCCAACAUGGGCGCGGCGAAGAAGCUCGCGGACGCCAUCCGCACCUCCCUCGGUCCGAGGGGGAUGGACAAGAUGCUCGUGAGCGGGAACAACGACGUGACCAUCACCAACGACGGCGCCACCAUCUUGAACAAGAUGGACGUGGCCCACCCCGCCGCGAAGAUGCUCGUCGAGCUCGCGAAGUCGCAGGACAUCGUCGCCGGCGACGGCACCACCUCCGUCACCGUCCUCUGCGGAUCCCUCCUCAACAAGUGCAUCGGCCUCCUCAACAGGGGCGUGCACCCCACCGUCAUCUCGGACGCCAUGGGACUCGCGUGCGACAAGGCCUGCGAGAUCCUCCAGGAGAUGGCCAUCCCCCUCGACAUCGAGGACCGCGGGGCGCUCAUCAAAGCCGCGACCACCUCCCUGGGAUCCAAGGUUGUCGCGCAGUACUCCAACGUCUUGGCGCCCAUCGCGGUUGACUCGGUGCUCAAGAUCAGGGACCCGGAGAGGCCCGAGAUGGUGGACCUGAAGGACAUCAAGAUCCUUCGCAAGUCGGGCGGAACCAUCGACGAUACCGAGAUGGUCGAUGGACUCGUGCUCGAUUUGAAGUCCAGUAAGGCUGCGGGCGGUCCCACCAAGGUUGAGAAUGCUAAGAUCGCGCUGAUCCAGUUCUGCAUCUCGCCGCCCAAGACGGACAUGGAAAACUCGGUCGUGGUGAGCGACUACCAGCAGAUGGACCGCAUCCUGAAGGAGGAGCGCAACUACAUCAUCUCCAUCAUCAAGAAGAUCAAGGCAAGCGGGUGCAACGUCCUGCUGAUCCAGAAGUCCAUCCUGCGCGACGCCGUCACCGACCUGUCCCUCCACUACCUGGCCAAGGCUAAGAUCCUGGUCGUCAGGGACGUGGAGCGCGAAGACGUCGAGUUCAUCUGCAAAACCGUAGGCUGCCAGCCCGUGGCGAACGUCGAGCAGCUCACUCCGGAGAAGCUCGGCCACGCGGAUCUGGUGAAGGAAGUCGCGUGCGGCGGCGAGAAGGUUGUCAAGGUGACCGGCAUUCAGAACAUGGGCAAGACCGUGUCCGUGCUCUGCCGCGGCUCCAACAAGCUGGUCAUCGAGGAGGCGGACAGGUCGCUGCACGACGCGCUGUGCGUGAUUCGAUGUUUGGUGCAGAAGAGGUUCCUCAUCUGCGGCGGCGGCGCGCCCGAGGUGGAGGUGUCCCAGCAGCUCGGUAAGUGGUCCAGAACCCUGUCCGGCAUGGAGGCUGUGUGCGUGAAGGCGUUUGCCGAGGCGCUGGAGGUGAUCCCCUACACCCUCGCGGAAAACGCGGGUCUGAACCCAAUCGAGAUUGUCACCGAGCUGAGGAACAAGCACGCCACCACCGGCAACGCCAACUUCGGCAUCAACGUGAGAAAGGGAACGAUCACGAACAUCCUCGAGGAGGACGUGCUCCAGCCCCUGCUGGUGUCCACUUCCGCGCUCUCCCUGGCCACCGAGUGCGUCCGCAUGAUCCUCAAGAUCGACGACAUCUGUCCGGUGAGGUGA